AUGAGUGUCCAGGAGGACCCUGAGGGCCAGCCACAGUAUGAGUCCUUGGACUCAGCAGCCACCAGGGAGCCCCCAAAGUUCCUGCCCUCAGAGACUCAAUUUGAUAUGUUGUACAAGAUUGAGGAUGUGCCACCGUGGUACCUGUGUAUCCUGCUGGGCUUCCAGCACUACCUGACUUGCUUCAGCGGCACCAUCGCUGUGCCCUUCCUCCUGGCGGAGGCGCUGUGCGUGGGCCGUGACCAGCAGAUGGUCAGCCAGCUCAUUGGCACCAUCUUCACGUGCGUGGGCAUCACCACCCUCAUCCAGACCACACUAGGCAUCCGGCUGCCACUCUUCCAGGCCAGUGCCUUUGCAUUUCUGAUUCCAGCCAAAGCCAUCCUGGCCCUGGAAAAAUGGAAAUGCCCCUCAGAAGAGGAGAUCUACGGUAACUGGAGUCUGCCUCUGAACACCUCUCAUAUCUGGCACCCAAGAAUACGAGAGGUCCAGGGUGCAAUCAUAGUGUCCAGCAUGGUAGAGGUGGUAAUUGGAUUGUUGGGACUGCCUGGGGCCCUGCUCAGCUACAUUGGACCUCUCACAGUCACCCCUACUGUUUCCCUCAUUGGUCUCUCUGUCUUCCAAGCUGCUGGAGACCGAGCUGGCUCCCACUGGGGCAUCUCAGCUUGCUCCAUUUUCCUGAUCGUCCUCUUCUCCCAGUACCUGCGUGACCUCAGCUUCCUGCUGCCUAUCUACCGCUGGGGCAAAGGCUUCACCCUCUUUCGAAUCCAGAUCUUCAAGAUGUUUCCUAUCGUGCUGGCCAUCAUGACUGUGUGGCUGCUCUGCUACGUCUUGACUCUGACGGAUGUGCUGCCUACAGACCCCACAGUCUACGGUUUCCAGGCACGGACUGAUGCCCGUGGUGACAUUAUGGCUAUUGCACCUUGGAUUCGAAUCCCCUACCCCUGUCAGUGGGGGCUGCCCACGGUCACUGCAGCUGCUGUGUUGGGCAUGUUCAGUGCCACACUGGCGGGCAUCAUUGAGUCCAUUGGCGAUUACUACGCGUGUGCGCGCCUGGCUGGUGCGCCACCUCCUCCAGUACAUGCCAUCAACAGAGGCAUCUUCACUGAAGGCAUCUGCUGCAUUAUUGCAGGGUUACUGGGCACAGGAAAUGGGUCCACGUCAUCCAGCCCCAACAUCGGCGUCCUUGGCAUCACUAAGGUGGGCAGCCGGCGUGUGGUGCAGUAUGGAGCAGCUAUCAUGCUGGUCCUGGGCACCAUCGGCAAGUUCACGGCCCUUUUCGCUUCACUUCCUGACCCCAUCUUGGGGGGCAUGUUCUGCACUCUCUUUGGCAUGAUCACGGCCGUGGGACUGUCCAACCUGCAGUUUGUGGACAUGAAUUCCUCUCGCAAUCUGUUCGUGCUUGGCUUUUCCAUGUUCUUUGGGCUCACACUGCCCAAUUACUUGGAGUCCAACCCGGGUGCCAUCAACACAGGCAUCCCUGAAGUGGACCAGAUUCUGACUGUGCUGCUGACCACUGAGAUGUUUGUGGGUGGCUGUCUUGCUUUCAUAUUGGAUAAUACAGUGCCAGGAAGCCCGGAGGAACGAGGCCUGACACAGUGGAAAGCUGGGGCCCAUGCCAACAGUGAAACAUCCACCAGCCUCAAGAGCUACGACUUCCCCAUCGGGAUGGGCAUAGUAAAAAGGAUGGCUUUUCUGAAAUUCAUUCCCAUCUGCCCAGUCUUCAAAGGAUUUUCUUUAAGGUCAAAAAAGGAGCUUCCAGUUCCAGAAGACACUCCAGAAAGCAGAGCUGUGUGCACCAAAGUCUAA